AUGAACGGCGUGAUCGAGGCCCUGCACAUCUUUGAUGAGCAUAACCAUGCGAUUGUCUCCCACACCUACGCCGGGCGCCCUCUCCCUGCAACACAGCUCCUGCCCCUCUACCUUGACCACCCCGCCCCCCAGCCAAAUGUCAUCUUUCUCCCCAACACGAACCCUCCGACGCUAGUCUACAGCUUUACCCACGCGAACCUCCUACUCCUGGCGACCUCGUCCUCCGAAAUCGAACCCCUCCUAGUCCUCGAAUUCCUACACCGUGUGGUCGACGCUUUCGAAGAGUUCCUCGGUGCUCCUCUACUGUCGAGCAAGAUUGAGCAGAAUUACGAUGUUGUGGCUCAGCUGCUUACCGAGAUGUGCGAUGCGGGCGCCGUCAAUACGACCGAGCCUAAUGCGCUGAGAGAUCUGGUAGAGGUUGAGGGUUGGGUGGACAAGCUCUUGGGUAGCAUCAACCUCCCGGGAAAACCCGGCUUUGCGGCGAACUCGGCUGCGACAUCUUUAGCAACACUAAACGCCCCAGCUCUGCCGUGGAGGAGAUCGAACGUGCGGCAUACUUCGAACGAGCUAUACGCCGACGUUGUGGAAACCUUGACCGUCACAUUAGCUCCCUCCGGGCGACCCCUCGCGGCGUUUGCGAACGGUACAAUAGCUUUCACAUCCAAAGUGUCUGGUGUUCCGGACAUUACGCUAAGUCUGACGUGUCCAUCUGGGAAGCACAACCUCGGGAGCAUACUAGAGCUACCUGUUUUCCACCCCUGCGUACGGCUGGCGAAGUGGAAAGAGAGGCCGGGAGAACUUAGUUUCAUCCCUCCUGAUGGCCGGUUCAUUCUUGCAGGAUACGAAGUGAACCUUCUACCGUUUACUGAUACCUUGCCCACAGGCAACCUAAAGCUGCCUGUAAAUCUCGACGUCAAAACUGGACUUGGACCGACCGGCUCGGAUUUCGAAGUCAAAGUUCAGACCAAUCGGUUGAUUGGCGCCAGCUCGUCGUCGUCCGGGCCAAUCGGCCGUGGAGGGGGAGGAGGCGUAGGCGGAGGCCGCGGUUUUGGUGGACCUCAUUCCGGCACCCCGGGCGCUCCACUAUUAGAGGACCUGGUGGUGAGGAUACCGCUGCCCCCGGACGUGCGAAACCUUCCGGAGCUACGACCAAGUAGGGGAGACGCCGCGUUUAACCCGUCAGACGGUGUGCUCGAAUGGAUCAUCCCUACGAAGGAAAUAUCUAACGGGACCUCGCAUUUUGCGUUACGGUGUACGGUGGUCGGGCCAGUUGCGGAAGAUGACGAAGAUGAUGGGAUUCCCGGCACGAGCUUGACGGACUACGGGUACGAGGAGCCUUACCAAGGGUCGCAACAAACUACUCCCAAGAAAGGAAAGAAAGGGAAGAGCCGCCGUGCAAAGGAAGACGAUGGGGCCAACGGCGGGGGAGAAGAAGCCAGGGAGAAUGACGAAGAGGCCAGGAAGGUCGGCCAGAACAAGCUUCUGAUGCCAAGCUCCGUGUCUGCCAGUUUCUCUGUCAAGGGAUGGGUGCCGAGCGGAUUGAAGGUGGAGAGCAUCUUGCUCGAUGCCAGGCGAAGUAGAGGGCUUGGCGAAACCGUGAAGCCGUACAAAGGCGUCAAGUAUCUAACCAUUAGCAAAGGUGGAGUUGAAAUUAGGUGCUAA